AUGUCUAAGGAUCAUCAUUUGGCAUCUUCCAAAUCUACAACAUUGAAUGAAUCUGACGAAUUUCUUCCGAAAAAUGUAAGUUUACCUACCCACGCCAAAGGUUUUUCAACCGAGGGAAUUCUUUUGCAGUCUGAAGAUAAAGGAUCAUUCGCUCGACUUUUAUGGAUCAAUCAAUGUUACGAAGCAAUGCCAUCCAGCUCAAAAAUGGUGGUUUUUGAUCAGGAAUUAUUGAUGCACAAAGCUUUCAAUGGUCUUCUUGCUCAAAGCACUCGACAUGUUCUUCUGUCUGAUCCAGAAGAAGGUGGUCUUUUAGAUGGAAUUCUCAGUGUAACUGAUUUUAUCAAAGUCAUGCUCAAAAUUUAUCGGUAAGUAUUUCAUCAUCAAAACCUAAAUCUUCAUCAGAACAUUUUUGCAGUGAAAAAACGAACAAGCAAAAAAGCGGCGAUGAAAUGGAAAUUGAGAAAAAGAUGUCAGGCUUGGAUUUAUCACAAAUUGCCAACGAAGAAAUCGGAAACAUGACAAUCCGUCAAUAUCGUGAAAUUUUGAAGAAGGAAGGCAAUUUGCGACCAUUGAUAUCAAUCGAUUCGAGCCAAAGUCUUUUGGACGCCGCUUGCAUUUUGGCCGAACAUCGUGUUCAUCGUAUUCCAGUUAUUGAUCCAGAGGAUGGCUCGGCGCUUUUCAUUCUUACUCAUAAAAGAAUUUUGAAAUUCUUGUGGCUUUUUGUGAGUUUUAGUAUAUUUUCUAAUUUUAUUCGAGUGAGAGGAAGAUUUUAAUCCGAUUUCAGAGCUUAAAACACGGCUCUAAUCCGAUUGUAGUGCUCUAUGUGUAUCUACGUCAAAAUUGAAUUGAAAUUAAAAAAUAACAAGGAAGAAUUGUUCGGGUUAGAAGUUCAAGUGAAACAUUUUUCUGACUUUGACCUUACUUUGUACUAAAAAGUACAAUACUUUAGAAUUAGGUUUAUUUGGAGAAUGGAGUCUCAUUUUUCGAAUUUUUUUUCAUAAAAUACAAAAAUUCUUGUGACACUUUGAUCUUUAGACAUACCAAUCUUACAGAUUAGGCCAAUUUUUUGAAAAGAGGUCAUAACAAUGAGGGCUAAUAUGCUAAACAAAAACUGUUUCGAUUUUCUGUAGGGGAUCACAACAAUUUCGAAAUUCAAUCAUUUUUUCACGCCCCAAUCAAUAACUUUUUAGGGCAAACACUUGGCACCAUUGGAUUAUUUGCACAAAACCCCCAAGGAACUAGGAAUCGGAACAUGGAGUGGAAUCCGUGUCGUCUUUCCAGACACUCAGCUCGUUGAUUGUCUCGACAUUCUCUUGAACAAGGGUGUUUCUGGUUUGCCAGUCGUUGAGAGAGAAACUUUCAAAGUUGUUGAUAUGUAUUCAAGAUUUGAUGCUGUUGGAAUUGCUCUUGAAAAUCGUUUAGAUAUUACUGUUAAGGAAGCGUUGGCGUUCAAAAAUCAAGCAGGUCCAAUGAAGGUAACUGAAAAGUCUACAGAUUCCGGUUUGAAAAACAAUAAUGUAUGAUUUUAGAGUGACGAACGUGUCGUUUCGGUUCGAGACACCGAAAGCUUCUGGAAAGCUGUCAAUGUUUUGGUUGACCAUAAUGUGCAUCGUCUUUGCGCGGUCAAUGAAAAUGGCGGUAUCGAGGGUGUCAUUUCACUUUCCGAUGUUAUCAAUUUCAUGGUUGUUCAACCUGGUGAACAUCUUCGCAAUAUUCAACCACCCAAAAAACAUUGGGCUAAACAACACACUGGUGACUUGAACGAUAAGGUGAGUAAUUUGUUGAAUUUUCAAAAAAAAAAAUGUAUAAUCUUUAGGAACUUCGUGACAUUUUAUUGAACAAUGCGGCCACUUUUGAACAAGAAUCAUCGCAUUCUGGAGAAAAAAUUCAUCAUCAACACAGUAUGCGUUAA